GGCGGUAAUAAUGAAGUUGGACGAGUUGCCAAUCUAUGCUGAGUUUCUCGAUAAUAAAACAUAUAUCCUUGAGAGAUUAGAGCCAAACCCAGUUACAAAUAUUCUUAUGAAUUCUGUUAGUCCUAUAAGGACACAAGCUCAAGAAGUUUUUACACACUCUAUGAAACAUGCUUUAAAGUAUCAAUCAAACAUUAAAAAUAUUACCACAUCUAUAACCAAAGUAAUAAGGGACGAACCGGUUAUAUUAGCUCGUCUAGGAUUCGUUGUUAGUUGUAGUUUGGGAGGCUGGGUUCUUGGAUAUAAAGGUCGUUCUUUCCGCAAGUUGGUUUACGCAUCCAUAUGUGGUUCUGUUGCAACCGUUGUUUCCUUCCCUAGUGGCUCUUUAUCUAACCUUAAGUACGCCUUUGAUAUUGGGUCGAACAAGUUCUCCAAGGUCUCAAAGAAAGUCAUUAACUAACAUCUUGGUUUUUCAAAAGCAGUUAGGAUUCAAAAUUAGCAACUUAUAUCUAUUGCAAAUACUAUUUGACGUAGUGUAUAAUCAAGUAAAAAGAGUUACUAAAAACAUUUAUAAACAAUUUUUAAACUACUGGGCACUACUUUAGAAUAGUUAUUUUAAUAGUUAUACAUGUUUCAGCAAAAGGAUCUUUGUGUUCAUAUCUAGGUUUGCAUGAUGUACAAAUAUAAGUGAAUGUAAAAUCGGUUGUUACUGAUUAUUGAAAUGGGACAUUUUAGUGAUAUUACGCCAGAACUUAUGGCUAUUGAUGUUGCUGAAGGUUAAAUAUUUCAUACUGAAAAUUUGGUAUGUGUUGUGGGAAAGUAUAUAAUCUGGUAAAAAUUAGUAGACUCCAUUUUUAAUAGUCUAUUUAAAGCUUGUAAAGUCAUAAUUCGUAAUAAAUGCAAAGAUAACUAUUCACAUGCUAAUUUACUAUCGAAGGAAGAUAAAGCAAUUCCAAAUGCUUGUAGGGCACACAUAGGAUACGUAUAGUCCAUUGUGAAGACGUCCUCAGAGAUACGUCCAAAUUGCAUAAGUAUGUAUUCAUCUAAAAAACGAUAACGCAAAGCAAGUUCUUGUCAGUAUAUGCACUUAAACAGUCCAAGUUGAUAACAUCUGCAUUAAGUUGAUAGGAAUCAACCAAUCACAGCCGUUACUACUAAAACGUUUGUAUCAUGAAUUCUCAAAAUACUAAAAAUUGAAAAUUUAGAGUCAAAGGAUCAUCGUCAGAUAAACGUUUUUGUAGCUGUAUUACAGUAGUUCUUGUAAACAAAUUAUCUACAGUGCUGCUGUUAGCGGAAAAAGAGGCCAUGAAGGUGAGAAUACCAAAAUUCGUCCAAUUUCUUUUGUUACAAGCUUGACGAGAAAUAACUUUCUACAGUCAGUAACAACGUGGAGCUUCACACGUACGUACAUCAGUUCGAGUUGCCAUACCACAUUAGCACAGAGAUGCAGUUAUCGAUUCAAAUCCCAUAGUGGUAGAGGUACUGAAAGUAUAAGUAGAGAUAGGGAACAUUAAGGUUUGAUGAUGUUAUUAAAGGAGUAUAGUCCAGUGGAAUAAAUUGGAAAAGAAAAUAAAGGACAUG